AUGUUGAUGAACUUCGAUGAUCGUCAGUGGAAGGAGGCAAUGGAAAGUAAUCGUUACGCAGAUCAUGUAACCCCAGAAAUGAGGGUCAUUCAUAAACACUUGCGUUUAAUAUACGAAAAAAAUGUAAAUUUGGCUGAAGCAGGGCAUCAACUCAAAGAUAUGCUGCUCGACUGCACUAUGUAUAAAUUUGCCGAAUACUGGGAAAUAAAAUUUAUGUCGAAAGUUUAUUGGCCAACCUUAGAUUCUAGGUGGGAGCAUGGUACUUAUGGCAAUUGUUACACAAUGAUUGUAUCAGAUGCGGAUGAUCACUACAGUAGUUUUGUUGGGCCUCUUUAUGGUCUUUCGGUUACAUUGUAUGUUGCCGAUAAAGAGUAUUUGGCCAGACAUUCUCAAGGGUCUGGCUUCAAGGUAGAGGUUCAUCCUCCCGAAUAUGUCCCUUUCCCUGAAGAUAAAGGAUUCACAAUAUCACCUGGAGUGAUGACAUCAGUUGGUAUUAAGCAAAUGCGAAUUUCACGAAUGCCACUGCCGUACGAUGGAACAGACUGCGGUGAUCUUCAUGGGAAAACUAACCUGCCUAGUUCAUGGUUCGUUCGAAAAGCGCAUCUCUUUACUAUAAAAGAUAAAGCAAUUAGCAGCUUUAUACCGUAUGUUCUUCAACCGGACUUCAGAAAAAUUCAUUUUGUUUUCAGAUACAGCAAAGUGCUGUGGGAUGCUGGUUAUCGCGAUGCAGUGAAUUACACAACACAAGCAUGCGUGAAAUCAUGUUAUCAAAAACGGCUUGUUGAUGAUUGCGGUUGUGUAGAUCCGAGUUUUGUUACUCGCGAAGACAUUCGAGAGUUCUUCCUCGAUGAGAGACUGCAACCAUCUGCGUGCGAUGUUGUUCUCGAACAGUCGCUGAAAUGUGUGAGAAAGUCGAUGGGCAAUACAACGAAAAGCGGUGUUUGUGAACGGGAAUGCCCACAAUCGUGCCAUGAACAAGCCUACUCUGCAAGAAUCACGACGUCACUCUGGCCAAGGGCCAGUUAUUACGAUCGUAUAAAAGACUCGUGGAAGAACCAAAUACCUUCAAUGGAAACAAUGCAAGAAGCACAUGAAGCAAGAACGAAUCUAGCCAAACUUGAAGUUUAUUUCGAAGAAUUGAACUACGAAUCAGUUGUUGAAUCGCCAGCACAAGACGUAUGGAUGCUUCUUUCCACCAUUGGUGGUACUCUUGGUUUAUAUGUUGGAAUGUCGUUUCUAACACUUGGUGAAUUUGCGGAAUUAUUGCUCAAGUGUAUCGCUCUACCUGCUCGUCAUCAUUUACAACAGCGUCUAGCUGCUGACAGGCUUUGA